UUCAUUACUAUCUCAAUCUACGGCGCUAAACCAGGGUGGUGUCUCUUUGCACUGACUUUUGCUAUUCGAGUCUACACUUCACUUACCUUUAUGCCCAAGGAACGGCAGCUCGAAAACAGAGACUUGCAGUUUCUGAACCGUUAUAAUGAAACAGUGUUCAAAUUCAACACAAGGUUUGUUUUAUCGCCUCAGCUGAAUGUGGCGUUAGUAUGCGCGCAGAGAACGAGAAGAAAGCUGCAUCUGUUCCUUAGAACACUGAACCCUGGAUAUCAAACCGUAGCAGUGGGCUUACUAAGGAGGAGUUCUAGCAACUGAGGUGCAGCAGUCAAGCUGGAUCCGAAUAAGUGAUAUUAAAGUAUCUAAAGGGGAUACGAUAAUCUUCAGUAAUAUGUCAGCAACACCCAGCCCCCUGCCUUUCAACAAAACCAGUCUUUUUACAGAAACCUAUCAAAGAAUGGAUUCGCAAAAUGGACAAAGACAAGGCAACGCGGUACUCUUCUGCUUGUCGUUGAGUAUAACAAUUCUAACUUUUGCGGGUAGCAUCUAUUCACUGUUGUCUUUGCUGAAGACGCGGAGUAAGACCUCGCUUUCCCUUAUUGUGGCGUCUCUGUCCGUAGACGAUUUAAUUAGCGUGAUACCUUUCUCUAUUUUUCUGUUCAUACAAUGGGGGGGCAAAGACCAGCCAAGCGCACUAUGUAGUUCAUCGGCGCUUCUGUAUCUCUUUCAGGGGAUAUCAAGCAAUUUAAAGGCGUCGUUGAUUGUGUCCUACACUUUUUAUAUAACCAAACAGUUUGGAGCUUUCCAGGCUGCCAAACAACCACUGAAAAUAAUAUGGGCUAUAGUAGCUAUAUGGAUAGUCAGUUUAAUACUAAGCACAUUACCUUUAUGUGGCUGGGGUACCUUUGCUCCCACGCAUUGGGGCUGCUUUACAAUGACUCCCAGCUCCUAUGUAAUAUUCCUUUUCGUUCUAUAUGCCUUGUGUUUCUGCAAAGUUUUAGUAUUUUCCAUACCUCUUACAAACCAACUGCUGUGCUCGGGCGACCAACAAAAGGGAUUGAAUCCCAGCUAUUCCGAGAUUGAAAGAAUACCCGUUGCAGAUGGGGCGGCACUGGUUAGUAACAUCUCGUCUCUCCCUCAAGGAGACCCCCCGGAGAAAAGUUUUAGGAGUUGUGAGGAGAGGAAUCGGGAGUCUGUACCUGUGCUUGUAAAGAACAAAGUGGACACAUAUUUUUGUUCCAGCCAGACUGUUUCUGAGCAUCAGAGGGAUGUUGGGAACUCAAGGAAUUCUCCUAUAUUUUUUGCUCAGAAACGUUUUUCUUUAAUUCUGGCUAUGGUUAGAAUAAUUUUGUGGAUGCCAAUGAUGAUACAGAUCUUGGUUAGUCAUGUCCUUCAAUUCAAGAGCCAGUCUGUUGAGACUCUGAGUUUUGUCCUGACCUUGCUCUCUGCUGCAGUCACGCCAGUGUUUGUUCUUUCCGAACGCUGGAUUCACCUGCCAUGUGGUUGUUUUAUUAACUGCAGGAGAAAUGCAUACGCUUUGUCUUCAGACACAGCAAGGGUCAAAAAGAGAGGUUUUGAAUUCAACUUGUCCUUCCAUCAAGGGUAUGGGAUUUACAAAAUAGGCCAGGCAAACAAUUGCUCUGGUCAAAAAUCCGUGUCAUAUCACAACCUUAUGAACUACGACACCAAGUUGACAAAAACUGAUCUGAUAGAAAGUCAACCGGUGAGCCGCGCCAACAUUGAGUUCAGAACCACAACUCUGAAGGACAGCUCCCUGCAGACAGAACUCAACAAAGCAAUCAAGUCGGAGACAAAGCCUUGGAGCGUCACCGGGUCUAACGAAUUGUACAACAGCGCUGCUGGAACACCAAUCACCGAAAACAAUCUUGAUGGGUUGCCAGUGUUUGACGGCCCUGAAAGGAGAUUGUCCAACGAAGAAUGUCGCAAGCUAGAGCUCGCAGAUUGGGAAUGGUGUCGAAGUAAAUCUGAAAGAACGCCUCGGCAGAGAUCCAGUGGGGGAUUAGCUAUUCCGCUUUGUGCAUUUCAAGGAACUGUGUCUCUCCAUGCACCCACUGGGAAGACUCUCUCACUUUCAACUUAUGAAGUCAGUAGUGAUGGUCAAACAAUAACCCCAACCAAUAAGAAAAUUGAAGUUUAUCGCUCAAAAAGUGUGGGGCAUGAGCCUAACACAGACGACUCUCCAAACAGCAUUGCAGACACCAAUGUAAAAAUUCAUUUGGAAGUGCUGGAGAUCUGUGACAAUGAAGAGGCCAUGGAUACAGUGUCUAUAGUUAGUAACAUCAGCCAGUCUUCUACCCAUGCCAGAUCGCCAUCGCUACGGUACUCCAGAAGAGAAAAUAGAUUUGUAUCCUGUGACUUGGGCGAGACUGCUUCUUAUUCACUCUUUAUACCCUCAAACAAUCCUGAUAGUGAUAUUAAUAUAUCAAUUCCAGACACUGUGGAGGCUCACAGACGGAACAGUAAAAAGCAGCACCGGGAGAAAUCUGGUUACGAGGAGGAGAUUCAAUUAUUAAAUACGGCUUAUAAGAAACAGGAAGAGGAAACAGAUCAGUGAACGAGGACAUGUUUCAAGCUUAUUAUAUUUUUGUUGCGUUACUUGAACAAAACAGAAAUCCCUGGCUGUGUCCACAACACACAAAAGCAAACAAAGACAUGGUUAAAAAAAAGCAAUUCAAAUGAUAUAUGAAGCUAAUUGAUAGUGGUAAGAGAGUGGUUGCAUUGAAAUAAUGAUAAUGAUAAUGAUAUUGAUGAUUAGAAAUAAUAGGUGGAAUGAAUUACAAAGACUAAAUUGUAUUUUUCUUUUUUACAACUGCAAUGCCAGUAAAACCCUGGCAAGCAUGCAAAUUAAGGUAUCUAAAAAGGAUAUAUAAUUACAUUUAACAUUGAAAUCCAUGCUGUUCAUUGGAAAGUGGUACCAAAAUGCUAUUCAGAUAUUGCUCUCCCAAACUGAAGGUCACAAACCCUGUGGCAUAACUCUCUGUGACAGCAAUAUAAGUCUUUCAGAGCAAAAUGUUACACUGCACCUUUAAAUUAAUGUCAAAGUCCGGCACUGAGAGGGCACAGGGAAUUCAUUAUCCAAUGGUCCAGCAACAGGUGAUCUUUCACUGUCCUCACAAAAUGUAUUUUGCCAUUAGAAAACAAGAC